GCAUGUAUCUGGCCCUUUAAGAGCCAAGCCUUAGUCUUUAUUUCCGGGUGAAAAGGCAUCAACAUGGACCCUGGAGAAGUUCUCGCCUCUCUGGGGGUGGAAGGAGCAGCAGCCGCAGCACACGCACUCUCUCUCCCUGCUGAGGCUUACGGAAACGAUGCGCAGUUGGAGGUGAUGUGGGCGAUGAAGGCCUACAAUCAUGCAGAAGUUUACUUCAAUCUCAUUUCUUCCGUGGACCCGAAAUAUCUCAAACUCACAAAAACAGACGACGUGAUCCAUACCAAGUUUAGGGAAGACUUUCCAGACUUCGAUGUCAAGGUUCUGGAUCCGGAACUGCUCAAGUCGGCAGAAGCAAAAGAGAAAUGGAGGCCUUUUUGUAACCACUUUGAAAACCUGGUUGAAGACUUUAACUACGGCACACUACUGCGUCUAGACUGCGAGAAGGAUUACACAGAGGAGAACACCAUAUUCGCCACCAGAAUCCAGUUCUUUGCUAUCGAGAUCACGAGAAAUCGAGAAGGUUACAACAAGACCGUGCACGAUGCUGGCACGAAGGCCAAAAAGCAAACAAAAGAGCAGAGUUAACACCCACAGCAUCACACAUUGCUUAUGUUGCUAAUAUGACAUUCUUACUGUCUACUUGAUUCAUUUCACAUAACAGGAAAGUACAGUCUGAGGCCUGUGUGGAGAGAAACUGAAGCUAAAUCCCUCAGUACGUUUAAGUAUUUAAACACAUUAGGUGUCUGUCAUUAAAAGGUCUCUGUGGUUUCUUUUUAUUAGAAAUGUACAUUUCUCUUCAUGUAUAAUCACAUUGAGCUGCAUUUACAUGGUAAAUGUGUAUUAAACUGAGGAAAAUAUACAGUCUCUUUAUCUGGA